AUGGAGCUUAUGACAACAGUCCUUGUCUGUGGUGCGACAACAUUGGUGCUAUAUGCUUUAUAUGGCGCUAUCUGGAGACUCUAUUUGUCCCCCAUUGCGAAUUUCCCUGGAUCAAAAGCAGCGGCGGUGACAUUUUGGUAUGAGUUUUACUACGAUGUCGUGAAAGGUGGCGCGUAUGUGUAUGAGAUCGAGAGAAUGCAUGAGCGCUAUGGCCCCAUCAUCCGUAUCAAUCCGUACGAACUCCACAUCAACGAUAUUGAUUUGGAGUUCAUGAGCAAGUUGUAUCCUUCGGUUGGGAUAGACGUCGACAAGUUCUGGUGGUCGGCUGGCAUGUUUGGCAACGUUGAGAUGACAUUCGGUACUAUCCCUCACCAUCUCCACAAGAUGCGCCGCGCCGCGUUUGCAAAAUUCUUAUCGCCCGCAUAUAUCCGCAAACUCGAACCAGUGUUGCAGGAACUGGUUAAUAUCCUGAUCCAGAAGAUUGAAGAAGGCAUCGAAUCAGGAAAAGAAGUCAAUCUUGUACAUGCAUUUUCAGCGCUCACGCAAGACGUAAUCACCGAGUAUUGCUUCUCAUUCAGCAGAAACUGCCUUCAAAAGGAGGACUUCUCGCCACAUUGGUACAAUUGUAUCAAGCAGUUUCCCUGGCUGCUUCCCAUGCUCAACAAACUGCCCAACUGGUGGGUCAAGCGUACUGACGACGCUGUUUGGCUUAUUCGCCAGCAAGAAGCCGAGUACCUGGCUCAAACGCGUGCCGUUAUGAGUGGAGGUGACGCAGACAAGACUUCACAUGUCACCAUUUUCCACGAGAUACUCGAUGAACCGAGCUUACCCCCCGCAGAGAAGACUGAGAUGCGUAUGAAAGCUGAAGCGACAUCGAUUGUAGGCGCGGGUACAUUGACGUCGGCACAUAUGCUAUCUCUAACAAGCUAUUUCAUCUUAUCGAAUCCAGACGUUCUGAAGAGGUUGGUAGCCGAACUAGAAACAGCCAUGCCAAAUGCAGCAUCAUCACCCAGCCAGCAAGUCUUCGAAUCGCUUCCAUAUCUGAAUGCUGUUAUAAACGAAGGCUUCCGUCUCUCCUAUGGCUCCAUGCACCGCCUCUCUCGCUCGCACCCACAUGACGCUCUCCAAUACCACAAUUGGAACAUCCCACCAGGAACACCCGUUGGCUACUCAGCAUACAUGCUUCAUCGUAAUCCUGAAAUCUUCCCGGAUCCAGAGAAUUUCGACCCAGAACGGUGGUUGAACCUCGAUGCUGCAGAGCGCCAGCGCCUGCGAGCACAUCUGAAUAAUUUCGGGCGAGGCACUCGACAGUGUGUUGGUAUGAGACUCGCGUAUGCCGAGUUGUAUCUCACCCUCGGCUACGUAUUCAGGCGGUUGGGGAACCGGCUACAGCUACACGACACGAAAUACGAGCGAGAUAUCAAGUUCGUGCAAGACUAUUUUAUACCAGCACCUAGUCGACAGAGCAGAGGUGUACGCGUGGUGGAGAAGAAGUCGAAGAGUCAGCACUAG